CACGCGAUAAGAAAACGCAGUUGCAUUCUAUCUAAAAAUGCUUAAAAUAGCUUUGAUUUUAGUUAUUGGCAUAUUGCUUUCAGUAGUUAGUGCAGGUUCAGAUACUGACACAGCUAAAUCUCACCAGGCUAGGAAGCAUGUAGAAUCCGAGAAUCACCCUAAAGGUCGUCACUUGCAUCACAAGAGUAAUGAAGAAGAUAAGCACAAGUCACAUAAGGAGAGAUACCAUCAUUUGUUGCAUCGUAGCCCUCAUGCCAAGCCUUUCAAACAAAGAAGUUCGAAUCACUCAAUUUGUGGAUCCUAUUGCUUCGAUUUGCCCUUGUUUUCAGUUGCUUCGAUCUUCAAUGGUAGUAAGGAACUUGAACUGAUCUACAGUUGGUUACCCAAAAUUCUCCCAGGAGCAUUUGGAAACAGUUCUGCCAACAUUUCUUCAUGCAUUAUAUCGACUAACAGUUCUACCAAUGAUUCUUCCAUCGAUGUAACCGUAGAACCAACGCUACCUAUCAACAGUACCAAUUGUACCAAUUCGUCAAUACCAACAAUAGGAAAUCCAUUCCUAAAUCUCACUGGAGAAUAUCCGAUAUUUUUUUUCUUAAUUCAGAAGUUCGUAGGCUUCAUAUCUGAUAAUCGGGGAAUUCAGGCUUUACUCCAAGAAAAUUCACUAUUUGCACUUUUUUAUAAGAAAUUUGUUACCAUCAUUAAUUUUCAAAACAGAACAGCUAUAUUAUCUCAAAAUCUAUUGACGCUCUUCGGUUAUAAUGGUACAUUUAAAGGAAAUUUGUUUGAUUUGAAUUACACUGACGGCCUGAUAUCUGGCUUUAAUGCAAAUGGAGCCAUUAAGAAGAUUGAACAAGGAAUAUCGUCUUUGUUUAAUGUGUCAGGUUUGCUAAAUGGAGAUCUAACGUUAUAAGACAGGGUUCAUUAAAUAUGACCGUGAUCUUGGAUCAAUGGAACAUAACAUCAAAUAAAACAAAACUGUUUACACUAUAAUUUACAAAAUAUACUAAUGUUUACUCCCUUUUUUCUUUAUGAAAAAGAAUGUGACAUUGUUCUAUCGUCAAACAAAUUAUAAUAAAAAGGCAUAUUAAAGUAAUUUCAUAUAUGGUC